UCCGUUUGGAUUUGGAUAGAGAGAAGAAGAACUGCAUUUGCCCGCGCUUUCAUUAGCAAAGAUGCUCUCUCUAACAAUGGCUGCCAGUUGGGGCUCGGCUCCACUGCACAUACAGUGGAAGAAAGCGAAGCAUCUGUGUGUCACCAUUAACGAAUUUCCUUCAUUCCUUCCCAAAGAAGUCCACAAUAUCAAAGACCAAUUUGCUCGAAACCUCGCUACAAGGAUUGAGAGGCUACCCGUUAGCUUCUCCGAUUCUUGUAUUAUGAGUAGUUGUGUGAAGCCGUCAAUACAAAGCAAAGAACGUCCAGUGGUUCUUCUCCACGGCUUUGACAGCUCCUGUUUAGAAUGGAGAUACACAUAUCCAUUGCUUGAGGAAGCUGGUUUGGAAACUUGGGCUGUUGAUAUUCUUGGCUGGGGUUUCUCUGAUUUAGAAAGACUCCCACCAUGUGAUGUGACUUCUAAACGUGUUCAUUUGUAUCAGGUAAUGAAAACCUGCUCUUAUGUAUUUGGGGAAAUUUUCUCUUCAAUUCCACUUUGGAAAUCUUAUAUUAAAAGGCCAAUGGUAUUGGUUGGACCAAGCCUUGGUGCUGCUGUUGCUAUUGAUUUUGCUGUCAAUUAUCCAAAAGCUGUUGAUAGGCUUGUGUUGAUUGAUGCAAGUGUAUAUGCAGAAGGUACUGGAAACUUAGCUACCCUACCAAGAUUGAUUGCCUAUGCUGGGGUAUUUUUAUUGAAGAGCAUUCCUUUGCGCUUAUACGUGAACGUUUUGACCUUCGCUGGCAUAUCAUUUAGUACCAGCCUGGAUUGGGCCAAUAUCGGCCGCCUGCAUUGUUUAUUACCCUGGUGGGAGGAUGCGACUGUGAGUUUUAUGUUAAGUGGGGGAUAUAACGUCAGCAGCCAGAUUGAAAAGGUGAAGCAGAAAUCGCUUAUUAUAUGGGGUGAGGAUGAUCAAAUCAUCAGCAGCAAGCUAGGAGUGAGGUUGCACUGUGAACUACCAAAUGCAAUUAUUCGUCAAAUACCCGGAUGCGGGCAUCUUCCCCAUGUUGAGAAGCCAAAUCUUGUUGCCAAAUUGAUUACACAAUUUGUUCAUGAAGAUUCCAGAAAAGAGGUUCAGUAUGUUAAUAGUGAAUAAUUUUUCUUUGCACAAGUUUACAUUUUCUUCAUCUUAUUAACGAAUUUGCUUCCUUCAUUCUGCUCAUGGGUUUCCAAUCCUGGUGUACAAAGAGGACUGGAAGGUUCUCUACAUGUUUAAAAUCAAGUAAUAUAUAACAUCAUCAAAAUAACCCUGACCACUAUAGGUCACAGCGCAAGUUUUUUUUUUUAUUAAAAAAAAUGCCUACUGCUAUUAGAAUUUUAUCAAAUGUGGAAAGGUUAGACGGGAUCUUGUAAAAUGAGUUUGUAUAAGUUGGUCAGAGUUUUGCUGUAAAAUUAAACAAGCAAUUCUAGGCUAAGGGGUGGUGAUGGAGGCAUAUAUCUUGCUUCCAUGUUCUUAAACUUGGGGGAAAAAAAGGGUCAUUCUUGAUAUUAUCAACAUUAAAAUGCUGUAUUGUAUUGGGAAAAGAACCAGAUUAUCUCAUUUUGAUUCUGGGCUA